CGAGGACAUGCUCGAGCUGCGCAGCACUGCCGACCAGCUUCGUCACGAGAACACGAACCUCAAGAGCGAGCGCUCGGUCCUCAAGAGCGUCGAGCAGCGCCUCGGCGAGGAGAACGCGGCCCUCAGCAAGGAGCGCGCCCACCUCGCCGACCUCAUGCGCAACCUCCAGACGAUGCAGAACGAGCUCGAGCGCAGCGGCAACGACGCUCGCCGGCGACUCGAGGAGCAGGUCAACCGUCUCGAGGCCCAAGCAGCCGACCUCAAGGACAAGCUCAACCAGGAGUCGGACAGCAACCGCCAACUCGCGCUCCGCAAGGAGAUCGAGAGCAAGACGUUCCAGGAGCGCAUCGACAAGCUCACGGCCGAUCACUCGACGACGCGCGAGAAGCUCGUCGCCGCCCAGACGUCGCAAGAGCACCUCGAGCAGCGCGUUCGCGACCUCGUCCUCCAGGUCGAGGCCAAGGAGGAGAAGCUCGUCAUCUUCGAGGGCCGCUCGUCCUCGGGCGAGACCGACACGACCCGGACCGUCGAGGAGCAGCUCCAGGUCACGGUCGCCGACCUUCGCAACGAGCUCCGCACGGCCAAGGCCGACCUCGAGCGCGCCAAGGAGCACACCAAGCAGUACCAGGCCAUCGCCGAGACGCAGGGCGAGAGCCUGCGCGAGGUGACGGCGACCUACGACGAGUACAAGGCCGCCACCGAGUCGUCUAUCGCCGAGAAGGACAGCGAGAUCGUCAGCCUUCGCGAGCGCCUCCACUCGCUCACGCAGGACAUCACGGCGUCCAACACGCAGAACUCGGAGCUCCACAAGCAGAUCGAGGCCGAGCGCGUCGCGUUCGAGAAGGAGCGCAAGACGUUCGAGGACGGCCUGACGUCGCUGCGCGCCGCCGACCAGAGCGCUCGCGAGGCGCAGCUCGCCGCGCAAGACGACCUCCGCCGCCAAGCGCAGCUCGCUCGUGACGCGCACGACAAGUACGAGCGCGAGCUCGUCGCCCACGCCGACGACGUCAAGAAGCUCGCCCACGUCAAGGACGAGCUCAACGCGGUCCGGGCGACGGUCCGCGAGCACGAGGCGGCGGCGCAGGUCGCGAGGGCCAACCUCGCGAGCUCGGAGGAGAGCUGGGCGCGGCAGAAGGGCACGCUGCAGCAGGAACUCGCCGACGUCCGCAAGCGGUGCGACGAGCUCAAGGAGCAGAACUCGACCCUGGCGCAGCACCUCGAGACGGCCUCGGCCUCGGCGACGCAGCUCCAGGCGCGCCACGCCGCCGUCUCGGACAGCGCCGCAGCUGCGGGCGAGGCCGGCGGCGCCGACGCCGACACGAUCGAGGCCAUCACGGCGUCGCACAACGCGUCGGUCGAGCAGCUGCGCGAGGUCAUCCGGUACCUGCGUCGCGAGAAGGACAUCAUCGACCUCCAGCUCGAGUUCAGCAAGCAGGAGGCGACUCGGCUUCGUCAGCAGCUCGACUUUACGUCGCGCAGCCUCGAGGAGGCGAGACAGUCCCUCCAGGAGGAGCGCUCCAAGACGGGCGACUCGCUCACGAGCUCGGCCCAGCACGCCGAGCUGCUCGAGUCGAUCCACACGGCCAAGCUCCUGCGCGAGAGCAACCAAACGCUGCGCGACGAGAACGAGGCCAACCUCCGCAAGGUCGCGACGCUCGACACGCAGCUCCGCCAGGUCCAGGGCGAGCUCAACCCGCUCAAGGAGCACGUCGCGACGCUCCAGGCCGAGGUCAAGUCGAAGCAGCACCAGAUCCGCCUCCUCGAGGAGGACAACGAGCGGUGGAAGACGCGCAACCAGACGAUCCUCGCCAAGUACGAGCGCAUCGACCCCGAGGAGCUCCAGGUCCUCAAGGCCGAGGUCGACAAGGUGCAGGCGGCGCUCACGGCGUCGCAGGCCGAGCGUGACGAGAUCUCGGCAAAGCUCACCGAGCAGACGAACCUCGCCGAGUCGAUGCGCGCCAACUGGCAGACGGGCCUCGAGCGCUUCAAGGGCCUGCAGGCGCAGGCGCGCACCACUCGCGACGAGCGCAACGCCCUCGUCAAGACGGUCGAGGAGCUCAAGGCCCAGAUCGAGGCCGGCGGCAACUCGGACCAGGUCGUCGCCGCCGCCACGGCGCAAGCGCAAGCCCAGUCGCAGGAGGCGCUCGCCGAGCUCCAGGCUCGCCUCGCCGCGACCGAGAGCGAGAAGGUCGCGCUCGAAGCUCGUCUCGCCGAGCAGGCCGCCGCGCUCGCCGCGCUCGAGGGCGAGAAGACGAGCCUUGUGACCGAGAAGAC